CCCCUCCCCCUCGGCCAUCGCCUCUGUCUGCGCAUUGCGUAAUUGAGCUCAGUCUCAUGCCUCAGGCCGGACGCGCAACAACAAUGCAGGACAAUUGUUAAAACGCGACGACUUGUGCAGAACGACGCGCGCGCGAGUGCGAGCGCAAGCACGCACGCACGCCCGCCGUUGUUACAGAGACCGCGGUUGUUAAAGUUUUAAGAAUUCCAAGUCGCCGCUCUUCUGAACCCGCGCGGCUUUGCGGAGGCGAAGAUGGCGGACGCCGCCAUUCAGCCGCCCCUCGGCGCCAGCGCGCGCAGCUCCAGGGAAGGCGAGGAUGUUAACGGUGACACGGAGGUUGCAGGGGAGAGUGGCGGUGGUGGUGGUAGCGGCGGCAAAGUUGCAGCUGCCACAACUGCUGUGCCGGCAACAGAGGUGUCGGUGGCCGCAGGAAAAGGCUCCGCGGAGAAGCGCAAAGCGGACAGCGGCGCCGACUCCUCCUCCUCCUCGGCGGAGGAGGAGACCGAGGAGGAGCCGCGCAGCCGCAAGAAGAAGAAGAGCCGCAAGAAGAAGCACAGGCGCAAGGGCAGCAGCCGCUCCAAGAAGUCAAAGAGCAAGGCCGACUCUGACAAGGAGGACCGCGGCGGCGGACGCAGCCGGCGCAGAAAGGCGAGCGGGGAGGCCACGGAGAUACCGGAGCCUACGACGAAAGAUUCACUGGGCGGCGGUGGUGACGGUGGGUGCUUGCAGGCGGUGGCGGCCGACGUGAAAGGCGGCGGCGGCGGCGGCGGGACCCGGGACGGCGCGGAAGGAGGAGCAAAGGAGGCCCGGGUGCGGUCGAGCGCCGUCGCCGACAGCGGAGGCGAGGAGGUGAGGGCUGGACAGGAGGUGACGGAGAGCGCCGGCCGCGCGUCGUCGGAGGUCGAGGCGGCGGAAGGCAAGGUGGCGGGGAGCAAGGAGGAGAUGGGAGGAGCGUCUCUGGGCGGUGCAGGCGCUGCGGCUUCAUCGGACCCGAGCGGCAAAGGAGUCCCGGAGAAGGAGCGAGAGGUGGAUCCGCCGGAGGCGCAACGCGUGGAGAACGGAGGCGGCGGUGGCGCCGCCGAGUCUACGGGAAAGCCGGGCGAGGCAAGUAGAGGGAGCCCAAGACGAGUCGUGAAGGAAAAAAGUAAGAGCGGCUCGGAGAACGAUGAGUCGGACGCCGACACCAAGAAGGAAAAGAACGUCAAGAACGCAGGUUCAUCUUCAGAGCUGGACUCGGACUUUGAAAUAACGGACGACAGUGAAAAUCCAGCUGUAUCAAUGCUUUCGGUGAUUGCGCGGCAUAUCAAUUCCACAGGGCAGCCAGGUGGGCGGGCAUCGACGGCCAAGGAGGGCGUCGCGAGGGGGCGUCUGCAGGCUGGCUCGCGAUCCGGCUCCGAUGAGCGCAAGUCGAGGGAGCGGAGCGUGUCCCCCGAGGCCCCCGCGAGGAGGCGGCCGACCCCGUCGCGCUCCCGCUCGCGACAAAAGUCUCCUUCUCCGUUGCGGGAGCGCCGGCGCAGAGGCUCCAGCCCCGCGGCCCCGCGCCGCCGCUCGCGCUCCCACUCGAGGGAGCGGCAGGCCAAGGGCCCGGGGGCGGGGCGGGACCGGCAGAGGAGGGACUCGCGGUCGGCGUCGCGGAACCGCAAGCCGCGCAGCCGCUCGCGGUCGGCCCAGCGGGCCCGCGACGUCCGCGCCAAAUCUCGCUCGGCGUCUCGCGACCGGCUCCGCAGGGGAAGGGGCCGCUCGGCGUCGCGCGAGCGGAACCGGCGCGAGCGGAACCGUUCGCGCUCCCCGUCGCCCCCGAGGAAUCGGGGCCUGCGGGCGAGGUCGCGCUCGCCGUCCACCGGGAGGCGGGCGAGGGCGAGGGCGGUGACGCCGCUGCUGCCGCCUUCUUCUCGCGACCGUGGCAGGAGGCAGACGUCGCGCGAUCGAGGCCGGAGAGGGAAGUCCAGGUCGGUGUCGCGGGAUCGAAUGCGGAGGCAAAAGUCGAGGACUUUGUCGAGAGAUCGCAACAGGAGAGUGAAGUCGAGGUCGGUGUCGCGCGAUCGCAACAGGAGAGUGAAAUCGAGAUCGGUGUCGCGCGAUCGCAACAGGAGAGUGAAAUCGAGAUCGGUGUCGCGCGAUCGCAUUCGAAGGCAGAAGUCAAGAUCAUUAUCUCGGGAUCGCAGCAAGAGAGUGAAAUCGAGAUCUGUGUCGCGCGAUCGCAACAGGAGAGCGAAAUCCAAGACGCCGCCUCGCGAUUGCAAUCGCAAGCACAGGUCGAGGUCGGUAUCUCGGGAUCGCAACAGGAGAGUUAAAUCCAGGUCGCCAUCUCGCGAUCGCAAUCGUAAACACAGGUCGAGAUCGGCGUCGCGCGAUCGCACAAAGAGAGCGGUGAAAUCGAGAUCGGCAUCGCGCGAUCGCAGUCGUAAACACAAGUCGAGAUCCUUGUCUCGGGAUCGCACCAAGCGAGUGCCCAAGUCAAGAUCGGCGUCGCGCGAUCGCAAGCAGAAGGCGAGGAGCGGGUCUGCGUCGCCGGGCCGCGGCAAGAGGUCCCGCUCCGCCUCGCCGGACGGUGGCAAGAAGGCAUCCACGGAGGAGAGCGACGUCGCUGCAAGGGGCGCUGAGACGGAGGCUCGUUCUCGGUCUCGUUCGCCCGCCAAGGAGUGCCCCAAAGUGGAAGGAUUGAAGAUUGAACGCACCGGUGAGGGAGCAGUUGAAGUGGGGGGGAAGGUGGCAAAGGCGGAAGCGGAGGAAGCUGGUGUAGAACGGCCGAGCGGAGGGGAAGCUGUGGCGACUUAUGUGGCGAUAAAGGUGGAACCCGGUGACAGCUCGGCAAAUGAUGGCGGAGGAAAUGAGGGAAAAGCGGAGGAUGUGAAGCUUCAGAUUUCCGUCGGAAACGACGAUGUGAAGAAGCCACUUGCUGGAGAAAAAGAUGACAUCUUGGACCCACACAAGGCGGCGUCAAGUGAUGCCACUGUAAAAGAAGAAGAUUCCUUUUCUAAAGAUGAAGCACCUAAAGAUACUUCGCCGAUUAAAACCACAGAAGCCGUAUCUGCCUGCAAAGAACCGAAAGACUCUUCCGAUACCGAGGAGUCAAAGUUGGCUGACCUCGCCACGGCGUCGACGGACGAUCGUCUUCCGGGAGAGGCAGCCGAUACGAGCAAGGAGGCCGAGAAACGCAAGAGGGACUCCGGCUCCGGCAGCCGCUCGCCCAAGCGGCGUCAGGAGUCGCCGAGCCCGCGCAGCGCGGCCGAGCAGAGGAAGCGUUCGCGCUCGGACUCGAGGCACAGGACGCUGGCGGACCCCGCCCGUGCCGGCGAUCGGAGCGACGCCACGAAGGGCCGCUCUCGUUCCCGCGACCGCAAGAGGAGGGAGUCGGCGGAAAAGAAGCGCAGGAGCCGCUCGCGCUCGCGGGAUCGCAAGGAUGCUGCGGCAGCCACUCGGUCGCGGGAAGCGAGGCGGAGGUCGCGCUCCCGGGAGGCCAAGAGGAGGUCGGCGUCUCGAACGCGAGACGCCAAGAGGAGGUCGGCGUCCCGAUCCCGGGAGACCAAGCGCAAAUCCCGCUCCCGAUCCCGGGAAGCCAAGAGGGUAUCGGCGUCCCGUUCUCGUGACGUGAAGAAAAAAUCCCGAUCCAGAUCCCGGGAAACCAAGAGGAAAUCUCGAUCCCGAUCGAGGGAGGUGAAGAAUCGGUCGGCAUCGCGGUCGCGAGACGCCAAGAGGAGGUCGGUGUCCCGGUCGCGGGACGCCAAGAGGAGGUCGGUGUCCCGGUCGCGGGACGCCAAGAGGAGGUCGGUGUCCCGGUCGCGGGACGCCAAGAGGAGGUCGGCGUCGCGGUCGCGCGACGCCAAGCGCAAGUCGCGAUCGCGCUCCCGGGGACUCCGCCGGAGGUCGCGCUCGCGCUCGAGGGGGGCAAUCGCGCGCCGGCGCCUGGGCCGCUCCCGCUCCCCCCGCGAAGGGACGCGACGCGCCGCGCGCUCGCGCUCCCGAGGGGCCAAGCGAGCGUCGCACGACGACACCGCCGGGGGCAAGAGGCGGCGCUCGCGCGACAAGUCCGACAAAGAGGCGGGCGACGGCAAAGCGACGGAGGCGGCCGCCGCCGCCACCGACGCCGGCGGUACCGCCGGCGCCGCUGGCGGCGACGCCGAGAAGAAGGCGGCGGGAGAGGAGAAGGCGCAGGAGGGGCGCCGCAAGUCGCGGUCGAGGUCGCGAGGCCCGGCGCGGCGCGGGUUUCGGGUGAGCCCCUUCAGGAUGCGUCGGCGGAGGUCGCCGAUGAGGAGGAGGGAGCCCAGCCUGUCGCCGCUGCGCCUCUCCGAGGAGGACAAGGCUCAGCUGUUGGAGAUUGCUCGGGCCAAUUCGACGGUGGUGAACCCUAAGGUGAGCGUGGGCAUCAUGAACUCCAUCGGACCGGCUGCGGCGCUCUUGCCGCUCAUCAUGAACCAGCCGCCGCCGCCUCCGCCGCCACCUCAGCAGCCGUACCAGCCGUCGCCCAAUUCCCCUCCCACGCCGAUCCCCCUGGCGGCGCUCGCCAUCCAGCUCGCCAACCAGCAGGCGCUGCCCACCGGCCAGAUGGGUGGCGGCGGAGGAACAGGAAUGGGGAACCCCUUCCCGUUCGCGGCCAUGUUCGGUGGCGGCGGCAUGGGCGGGAUGGGCGGCAUGGGCGGCAUGGGUGGCAUGGGCGGCAUGAGUAGCAUGGCCAACAUUGCCAACAUGGCCAACAUUGCCGGCAUGGCCGGCAUGUGCGGUAUGAGCAGUAUGGGUGGUGGUGGUGGCGGCGGCGGCGGCGGUGGUGGUGGCGGCAACAACAACCAGCCGGACUUUGAGAAGCUACGAGCAGUGGUGGCCGGAGUGAACAAGGACCACAUGAUGAACACGAUACAAGAGUUGACGCAGCGUUGCCAGAUGAUCGCGGACAGUCUGGACGAUGACAAGCCAGUAAACGUGCCCGUGACGUCGGACGAUGAGGGCGACGAGGAGACGAUCCCGCAGAGUACGGAGGGCAUCCAUCACCCGUUCAAGAUCAAGGACAAGUCUGACGAGUACACGGUCACUCACUACGUUCAUUACAAGAGGCCAGACAAGGACUCGUAUGUACCACAGAUCUGCUACAAGUAAGAAGUGGGACAACUGUGGAUCACAUUUUUUUUUUAUUCCCGACAAGAUACAUUUUACUUUUUGUUAUAUUUUAUUGUUUUUUUUUUAAGUCUCGUGGCCCUGUACAAAACCUGCUCUUUGUAAUUUAGUAGCAAGACGACUAUUUCAGCCUGCCAACGGUCAGGGUGGAACGCAGAAAUCAUUUGCCACUCCUGGGAGAGCGAGUGAGACGGAUGCCACAAAUUAUAUCCCGCGCAACAUAGACGGAAAAAGUUUGUGGCCGCGCGGUUGCCACGGUAAAAAAGUUAAACUCGUAAGCAGAAACGUUGCGAAUAACAAAUCCCGUUUGGGGGGUUUUAACUCCUCAUCUUUGUCAAAUCAACCACCCUUGGAUCAAUGAAGUGAGUAGCACCACUGUGUAGGAUAUACACAGCGGUGCUCGUUAUAUAAAGAGACUGAAGCCCGAGGAAUGUGGAAUUUCGACCUGUGCAUCUGGGCUGGCAGUGCCCACGAGCGGUUGCCCAUCGCUUCCGCUCGUUUUGAGUUCCGCGGUGGUGGCGGCGGGUGGGAGGCACUUGGAAUGAUAUUUCGUUUAAUCGACGGGCGCGUGGAAGCCCCGCUGUUGUAAGGGUUGUCCGCACCUUAGCCCAUCGUCCUGACUGACUUGCCAAACGGGUAGACGCAGCCUGAAGCGCGCUCGCGCGGAGUUGUGUUUACAGACCCCCCCCCCCCCUUUUUAUCAAUACAGUCCCAGACGAAUACCCACCCCCCCUCCCCACGUGUCGCGUCGGUCAUGGGGCUCACCAGUCGGGAUCCGUCCGCAUGGGGGGUUGUUGGCCGUGGCCGAGAAUCAAGUUUGGUGUCGCCGGGGUUCAUAACGCGGCGUGCUGCCAACCGUUCCAUCGUCCCCUCCCGCCGCCUAAACACGAGUCAGGUGCCCUUUUUGCUUUGGCUACGAAGCGGCGAUUGGUUCGCAGCGGCGUGACGGUCAAAAUCCGCUCCUUGUAAAUAAAACCGAGAGAGAGGCGCUACAGUGGUUCACCUUUCUGGACCAAGAGUUCACUUUUGAGUAAAAAAAAAAAUAGUCGCCUGGCAUGCGCAAAUUUCCAUUGCUCUCACAUGGCUGGAUCCCACAAUUGGACUGUCACGUGGUUGUGUGUGGCUCUCGUGCCGGCUCCUACAACGCACUGCAUGUCGCGCUGGGGAGUGGCGGUGCCACUGCAGAUCGUGGCUUUAAAACCUUUUUUUUUGCCACGAGCAAACUUCCGGCCUGGUAGCGGGGGGGGGGAAGGGGCUGCGUUCGAUGCGUCGCCCCAGGCUUGCUUUGCAAAUUCGCAGCCAUGGUCAGGUUUUGCCUUCCUCUAAAUGUUGACCGAGAUGGGCGCGCGCGCGACAAUUUGAUCAGUGUCCCCGGAAAGGCCUCGUAACCACCCCCACGUAGUUCCCGUUUUGUUUCUGAAGACAACCAUGCUAGCUAGCGUCAUUUGAAUGUUUACAGUCGAUUUUUUUGGUAGUUUUAUUGUAACGUCUCUCCCACAGAAUGGCUGCUCAAUAAAUGUAUUUAAUCUUUUCUCCACUUAACAGAAGCCCACUCCUGCUUUGUUAACUCUGAGAUCGUGUGGAUUAUAAGGUUUUACAGAACGCCCCUGUCAAUGGUCAAUGCCUCGUCGAUAACCAUUUGCGGCAGAUUGUGUUGAGAAGAGCCCGGCCGUUGAAGGGAAUGUGGCAUUGUUGCAGAUUAUUUACUUAAUCGUUCAUUUUUGUACUUGAUUUAAAAGGUGAAGGCCCGAGUGGAACGGCAUUGUUAUCGUUUGGCAAGUGGAUCGGGAGCUUUGAGUAUCUGUUCUCCUAAACCUUAUUGAAGGACCCACGAUCAGUCCCAUGAAUUUGUUCACAAGGGUCCUCGUCCAGGUCCUCUGCUCAGUCUCAAAUGAGUCUCUCGUUUUGGCCGUUUUACUAUUUUUUAAAUCUUCGAAUAAACUUGACGCUGGGCAACAAUCAGUUAUGCUUAAUUGUGCCUCUAGUCUCCAAGUCUCUCUUGCUUAACUCUUGUCAUCUCACGAGUCCUCAUCUCUUCAUCUCUCUUGCGCUGCACAUCCCUUAGGAAUACUUCUCGCUUGUCUCCAGGCCUCCCUUGGCGCUAGAAGCUCCUUCACUAAAUCUGUAUCUCUGUGGCUUUGCGAGCCUUAUCCCGUUAAAAGGCUGCCUCUGAGAGCCUUCCAGCCUGUGUGGUACCACUGUACCAGUAUUAGAAUCCUCUACCUGGAGUGUGCGAAACGAUACCGGGGCGUAGAGAGUGAUUGGGGAAUCACGAAGAUAUAUAAUAGUGAGGUGGUGAGGUGUCAAUAUGAACUCCGCUACGCUUGGCGAGGCCCAAUUUUAAGAGGCUCCAACGUGUCCCAGUGGAUAUAAUCUGCCGUGACUGGCGAUUUUAAUUUUUCAAGUCCAUGUCAUUUUUGCUUCAACACCCGACGGCAAAUCUGCCACAAUCCGCCACCCCAACAGGGGCCAUGAUAUUAAUACUGAAACACAAAAAGAUGAAAAUUCUGCACAACCAGGGAAAAAAAACUACGUAUGGUAUAGUUGAAUUAAAGAUUAUUGAUUAACGGGGGAGUGAGUGAGCUGAUGCUCAGUCCAUCUUGAGCGGUUGGAGGCUGUGGCAGGAGCUCGCAUCUGGGUACCAGCAAACACUUUGUCCUGGUGCUCUCUAAUUAAACCAAACAUCUGGUUCUUGAACGGAAAUGAUAGCAGAGCUAAGGUAAUAACUCGAACGGCGUUGAGAAAAUGUAUAGUGAGAAGUAAAAUUGAAAUAAAAAGUUAUUUGAAAAAAAGAAA